UUGCGCGCGCAGCCUUCAGGAGCUCUUUUGCGUGAACUUACUUCAUUUUUUAUUUUUUUCAUUUUUCUUUUUUCUUUUUGCACAACCUGCCUGAGUUGUGCCUCCUCUCUCUGCACGCCUCCACUCCUCUCCACCAUGGAUUUGGUUUGGAUUGUGGGCUUCGUUGUGAGCGUCUGCGCUUGGUUUGCUUCAGCGGAGCGACACAGUGUCUACUGGAACAGCACGAACCCAAAGUUUCUCUGGGACGACUACGCCGUGGAGGUGAGGCUCAAUGACUAUCUGGACAUCGUCUGCCCCCAUUACCCUCAGGGUGAGGUGCCGCUGCUGGACGCCGAGCGGUACGUGCUCUACAUGGUGGAGCGCGAGGACUACGAAUCCUGCAAGCCGCAGUCGUACGACCAGAUGCGCUGGGAGUGCGGUCAUCCGUUUGCCCCUCACGCUCCCGAGAAGUUCUCCGAAAAGUUCCAGCGCUUCACUCCGUUCACUCUGGGCAAGGAGUUUCGCCAAGGAGAAAGCUACUAUUAUAUCUCCAAACCUUUGCACCACCACGGCCAAGAGUGCCUCAGGCUCAGGGUGGACGUCGUAGCGGCCGACGGCUCCCAAGAGGCCAGAGUGGCCAAAGGAGGCACAGGUGGGGCUGGAGUUGGAGCUGGGGGUGGAGUUCACAACCCGUCCAACAGACUGCCUGCAGCAGAUGAUCCAGUGGUGAACCUGCCAGACGUCCAGAAGAGCGUACGGACGAACUCUGCAGUGGCAGCUACGUCCCUCUCAGUCCUCUCGUUGCUAGUCCCGUUUUCAUUAUUGCUUUUGUUGCACUGAGAGCACAUGAAAGGAGUUCUGUUGGCAGACUCGGUUGUUUUUUUCAGGGACUACAAUGAAGACAGUCCGUGGGGUUUGAAACCACUGACUUAAAAAAAAGAAAAAUCCAUGCCCAGUGCUGGACACGGGGAGAGACUUUUGAAGCUUGUAAAGUACAGAUGGACUCGCUUGCACAACAUGUGUUGGGUAACACUGAGCAUUUGAGACAAGUGUUUGUGCUUUGUCUUAUUUUUCAAAAAAAGAGAAAUGAUGACAGUAUUUUUUUUUUCUUUUUGUGGAAAGACAAAGCUCUCCUUGAUUUUGUAUUUUUUUGGGGCUCUCCAAAAAGACAGACCUCUGCGGAGGAUAUCCCUACGAGAAAAUAUGAAGACGUUGAAGAGGAACCUGAAGCGGCUGAAGAACAAUCAAGAGCAAAGACACCAACUUUGAAUAACAUGCUUAGACGGAACGAAUCAGCAUUUCAAGGAAAAGUAAUCUCGAACCUUUUGAGCCAAAGACGAGUCAUCUCUCCAACUUGUACACUAUUCCACCCUUGAGUGUCGUGUACUAUCUGUUGUAUUGUUAUCGUAAUGGUAUUGAGUGGCAUUGAUGUCCCACGUGAUUACUUUCUCUAAAUGUAGCAUCGACAGACACGGGAGCUGUUCUCACGACUACCAUUCCUUUUGCCGACCACGUGCUUUUGACGCUGUGGCGCUAACACCGCUCAGUACGGAAACGCAUCGACACGCUCUGUAACACACCACAUUGAACUCUGUUACGUGUACAUUCUGUGAAGAUAAUUUAUGACAUUUGCAGCUAAGAUGUUUUACUGUAGCCUACAUACCAUGUGCUCUCGAAAUGAAAUGUUUACUGUUGGCAAACGGGAGGGCUUUUUUUUCCCCCCUCGCUCUCGCUCUCCCGGUGGAGGUAGUACUUGUGUGAAAGGGAAUAUGCGUGUUUUGAAUCGACAAUAGGAGCGUGUGCAUGAGCUGUGGAGCGUUUGAUUGAAAGAGUGUUGAGAGAAAUGUUUUUUUUCUGCCAAAAGCAAACACUGAGACGUUGUGUGUGUGUGUGUGUGUGGGUGCAUGUGUGUGUGUGUGUGUGUGUCGCGGAGAGGCUGGACUUCUCCGUUUGUUGGAUCUCGCCCCUGUAUCGGUCAAACUGUCUGACACAAAGAGCUGGUUUCAAAUCUUUCUCAGCGCAGGACUCGACCCUGCGCGUUGUGGUGCUUUUCGUCGAGCUUAGUUGGAAAACGAGCAUUUAAAAAAAAAACACAAAUCAGCUGUUGAGUUUUAGAUAACACAGAUAAGACACAGCAUCAAAACAAGUUGCCAAGAACACCGUCACCCGACAGGCCGGCUCGAUCAACGAAGCACAACAGCGUAUGACUACCAUUGAAGUCAGUCUUUUUGUUUUUCCUUUUUUUUUUUUUUUUUUUUUAAUCUGAAUCCUUGUUACCUUAUUUUGUACAUGUGUAAGUAAGAGAAGUGUAUAAAAUGUAUAAAUAUAUAUAGAGAGAGAUUAUAUAAAAGACCUGUUUGAUAAAUAUGAUAAAUGUGAAAAAUUUUCAUGUGAAAUAAAAAAAAACAAAAAAACAAAAAGAUAUUUUUUCGAAAACCAGAA